AUGAUCUAUGUGAAAAGAUUAGUCGAGAAAGCCAUCCUCCCCAAAAAGGGAUCCCUCAAAGCAGCUGGCUAUGAUCUAUUUAGUGCUGAGGAUUCUGUUGUGCCUGCAAAAGGAAAACAAGUAAUCAAAACCGGCAUCUCAAUGGCCUUACUUGAAGGCACCUAUGGUAGAAUUGGUAUGUAUGUUCGUAAUGAUUACAGCUCCACGUUCUGGAUUGGCAGCUAAAAAUUUUAUUGAUGUUGGCGCUGGUGUUAUUGAUGAAGAUUACAGAGGAGAAAUAUGUGUCUUAUUAUUUAAUUUUGGAGACAACGAUUUCAAAGUGAAUUACGGGGACAGAAUUGCUCAAAUGGUCAUUGAAUAUGUUGUUCAAACUGAUAUUUAAGAAACUGACAAUCUGACUGAAACUCAAAGAGGAGAAGGAGGCUUUGGAUCAACUGGAGUCAAACUAAUUUAAAAUACUAACAAUUAAUCUCAACAAUUAAAGUAGAAAUUACAAAAUAUUCAACAAUUGAAUCAUGAUCAACCAGAGCCUUGGUAAGAAUUGACCAUUUUGGAUUUAUACAGCUUGUUUUCAAAUGGACACAUUAAUAGUAAGUAAAAAUAGCAAUUGGGUGAGAUUACAUUGAAAGGAGACAAGAAAGUGUACGAAUUAUUUAAAAAGAAUGAGGGAAAGAAUGAAUAAAUAAUAAUCUAAUAGUUACUUAAUUUAAUUGAAGAAUGAUGC